AUGGCGACGUUGGCGCGCCACCCGCUCGGCGCGGCGGACUUCGCGAGCUUCUACUUGCUGCCGCACGGCUACUCGGGCGGCGGCGGCGGCGAUGGCCUGUGGUGCAGCUACAGCUGCCACGGCGCGGGUGCCGGCGGCGGCUCCGUGUCGAGCGUGGGCGUGGGCACGGGCGAGGUGGAGCCGCAGGCUGCCGGUGGCGCUGCAGUCGCGGCCGCCGCGCGCGACGGCGAGCGGAGGGCGAGGCGUCAGGCUUCGAACCGAGAGUCAGCGCGGCGCGCACGCGCGCGGCGGAGGGGCCAGCUGGACGACCUGUCGUCGCGCGUCGCGGAGCUCCGCGCCGCGAACGCGCGGCUGGCCGUGGAGCUGAACCGCGUGGCGGCCGCGCGCGCGCGGGCGGCGCGGGAGGGCGCGCGGCUCAGGGAGGAGGCGCGCGCGUUGCGGGAGAGGCUCGACGCCGCCGAGGCGGCGAAGAAGGCGAAGGAAGCCGGCGACGAAGGAGAAGCCGGGACGCCGCCAACGGACUAG